AUGUUUACAGGCACUGGUCUAAUUCCACUGAACAAAGGUAGCGUUGGUCUUGGCGGUGCAGAGCGGCAUGUAGAGCUUGAACUCGGCCGGCAGCUCGUCCUCGGUGUAGAGGCGGUCGGAGAAGUACACGCGGCGCACGCGGCAGUUGGCGUGGAUCUGCACGCGCGUCGUCUCGAUGUAGUUGGUGCCGUAGGCGCGGCGCGUGAAGUCCGCCAGGUUGAACUGGAUCUGGUUCCAGCCGUUGUUGAGGCCGAUGGGCAUCGUGCACGCGAACGGCCGCACGCGCGUCGUCGACUGGUAGUUGCUGACGCGGAAGCGCCGACGCAUGUCCUUGUCGUCCAGGACCUGCGCAGCCAACCACCAGCCCGCCCCGCUCAGCCGGUCAUUCGCUCAACCUGCCACUCCCUCAGCCAGCCGCUCGCUCAGCCAACCGCUCAGUCAGCCACUCAUUCUGCCGACCACCCGCUCAACCCACCACCCAGUCAGCCACCGUCUCGGUCAACUACUCACUCGGCCAACGACCCGCUCAAACAAUCAGAAUUCCGCCACAGAACAUCUAUAGGACAGUGACUCUUGAAAAUUAAAUCCAUUAAGAUGAGUAUCAUCAGUGGCGACAAUAGAACUGAAAGCGAUAGAUAACCUUUUGCGCUUCGUCUCUUGAAAGAAUUCUUUCACCUUUUUUUCAGUGAUCUUGCGAAGAAAUGACUAAGGUCGAAAUCACAUUUCAUUAUCUCUUUACCAUCGAUACAGUGUUACCACCAGGCUUGCAUGGACCAGCUCGUCGAGCAUUUAGAUAAGUCAGUUGUGAACACAUUGUUUAAGAAACUGGUGUGUUUUCAAAUGUUUUAUGUGUCGCAAUACAACUGUGUCAAUGAAAUCAAAGACAUAGCCCGUCAUCUUGUACGUUACUGAAUUAACUGUUUCUUUAGUGCAAUCAUUAUUACAAAAAUUUGAGGACCAACAUUUUAGACAAAAACUCAAAUCAAAAAAUUAACAUCUUGUUAUUUGAUACGUUAAUCUUGAUAUCUGUAAAUUCAAAUAUUACGUUGGCAAAAUUAUUUAUGAAUGGUUAAAUUUAAUUUAUAUAAUCCAUAUCUACAUAAAUUAGGUUUCAAACUGCUUUUUGACUGUGGCAGUGAGAGACCUUAUAUGGACCUUCUGCAUCGAGGCCCUGCGAGAACAGUUGUGACGUUAAUCUUUUAAAAUAAAAUGAGCUCGAAUUAUUUUCACAUUACGUAGUAAUGUACUUUUA